UCAUUUCCACACCCCCUCAACGGUUCGGGGAGAGCUCGUGGUCUAAGUAACGAGAGGACUUCUGACUGUAAUCCUAGCACGUCACUUUGUUGAAGGCAGACACGUGGUUCUGAGAGAACUUAUAAAUCUCUCCUCCCCGGCAAGAUCGUGAUGUUAUCUGCUGGCAGUAGGAGGUUCGCUCCGAGCGGAGCUCCAGAAGCUCCUGACAAGAGAGAGACAGAUAGAGAUAGACAGACAGAGAAAGAGAGAAAGAGACAGCGGAGCGAGAGCGCAAGUGAAAGAGGCAGGGGAGGGGGUUGGAGAAUAUUAGCCUAACGGUCUAGGGAGUCAUCCAGGAACAAACUAAGGGGCUGCCCGGCUGCAGACUGGAGGAAACAGAGAGGGUCUAUUUUAGGGUGGCAAGUGCCUACCUACCCUAAGCGAGCAAUUCCACUUUGGGGAGAAGCCAGGAGAGGUUGGGAAAGGGUGGGAGUCCCAGGGAGCCCCUGCGCAACCCCCUCCGGAAUAAAACUCCCCAGCCAGGGUGUCGCAAAGGCUGCCGUUGUGAUCCGCAGGGGGUGAACGCAACGGCGGUGGCUGAUCGUCUGUGGCUGGGUUGGCGUUUGGAGCAGGAGAAGGAAGAGCAGGAGAAGGAGGGAGCUGGAGGCUGGAUGCGUUUGCAAGCGGCGGCGGCGGCAACGUGGAGUAACCAAGCGGGUCAGCGCGCGCCCGUCCGGGUGUAGGCCACUGCGCGCAGCUCCGGGAGCAGGAUCCGCGCCGCUUCAGCAGCCUCUGCGGCCCCUGCUGCACCCGACCGAGUUCCGAGCACCGCGCGAAGCGCACUCCUCCCCGCGGCGCGCCGGGCUCGCCCCCAGCGCGCGCACACGCGCACACACACACACACACACACACACGCACGCACACACGUGUGCGCUUCUCUGCUCCGGAGCUGCUGCUGCUCCUGCUCUUAGCGCCGCAGUGGAAGGCAGGGCCGAACCGCUCCUUCUCUAAAUAUAUAAAUUUCAGCCCAGGUCAGCCUCGGCGGCCCCCCUCACCGCGCUCCCGGCGCCCCUCCCGUCAGUUCGCCAGCUGCCAGCCCCGGGACCUUUUCAUCUCUUCCCUUUUGGCCGGAGGAGCCGAGUUCAGAUUCGCCACUCCGCACCCGAGACUGACACACUGAACUCCAUUUCCUCCUCUUAAAUUUAUUUCUGCUUAAUAGCCACUCGUCUCUUUUUUUUUUCCCAUCUCGUUGCUCCAAGAAUUUUUUUUUUUCUUACUCUCCAAAGUCAGGGUUCCCCCUGCCCGUCCCGUAUUAAUAUUUCCACUUUUGGAACUACUUGCCUUUUAUUUUUAAAGGAAUUCAAGCAGAUACGUUUUUCUACUGGGCAUUGAAUAGAUUGUUUGCAAACGUUUCGCAUCAAAAACAAACAAAACCAAACAACUCUCCUUGAUCUAUACUUUGAGAAUUGUUGAUUUUUUUCUGACUUUUAAAAAACAACCUUUUUUCCGCCUUUUUAAAAAAAUGCACUACUGUGUGCUGAGCGCUUUUCUGAUCCUGCAUCUGGUCACGGUCGCGCUCAGCCUGUCUACCUGCAGCACACUCGAUAUGGACCAGUUCAUGCGCAAGAGGAUCGAGGCGAUCCGCGGGCAGAUCCUGAGCAAGCUGAAGCUCACCAGUCCCCCAGAAGACUAUCCUGAGCCCGAGGAAGUCCCCCCGGAGGUGAUUUCCAUCUACAACAGCACCAGGGACUUGCUCCAGGAGAAGGCGAGCCGGAGGGCGGCCGCCUGCGAGCGCGAGAGGAGCGACGAGGAGUACUACGCCAAGGAGGUUUACAAAAUAGACAUGCCGCCCUUCUUCCCCUCCGAAACUGUCUGCCCAGUUGUUACAACACCCUCUGGCUCAGUGGGCAGCUUGUGCUCCAGACAGUCCCAGGUGCUCUGUGGGUACCUUGAUGCCAUCCCGCCCACUUUCUACAGACCCUACUUCAGAAUUGUCCGAUUUGAUGUCUCAGCAAUGGAGAAGAAUGCUUCCAAUUUGGUGAAAGCAGAGUUCAGAGUCUUUCGUUUGCAGAACCCAAAAGCCAGAGUGCCUGAACAACGGAUCGAGCUGUAUCAGAUUCUCAAGUCCAAAGAUUUAACAUCUCCAACCCAGCGCUACAUCGACAGCAAAGUUGUGAAAACAAGAGCAGAAGGCGAAUGGCUCUCUUUUGAUGUAACUGAUGCUGUUCAUGAAUGGCUUCACCAUAAAGACAGGAACCUGGGAUUUAAAAUAAGUUUACACUGUCCCUGUUGUACUUUUGUACCAUCUAAUAAUUACAUCAUCCCAAAUAAAAGCGAAGAACUAGAAGCAAGAUUUGCAGGUAUUGAUGGCACCUCCACAUAUACCAGUGGUGAUCAGAGAACUCUAAAGUCCAAUAGGAAAAAAAACAGUGGGAAGACCCCACAUCUCCUGCUAAUGUUAUUGCCCUCCUACAGACUUGAGUCACAACAGACCAACCGGCGGAAGAAGCGUGCUUUGGAUGCAGCCUAUUGCUUUAGAAAUGUGCAGGACAAUUGCUGCCUACGCCCACUUUACAUUGAUUUCAAGAGGGAUCUUGGGUGGAAAUGGAUACACGAACCCAAAGGGUACAAUGCCAACUUCUGUGCUGGAGCAUGCCCAUAUUUAUGGAGUUCAGACACUCAGCACAGCAGGGUCCUGAGCUUAUAUAAUACCAUAAAUCCAGAAGCAUCUGCUUCUCCCUGCUGCGUGUCCCAAGAUUUAGAACCUCUAACCAUUCUCUACUACAUCGGCAAAACACCCAAGAUUGAACAGCUUUCUAAUAUGAUUGUAAAGUCUUGCAAAUGCAGCUAAAAUUCUUGGAAAAGUGGCAAGACCAAAGUCACGACGAUGAUGAUGACGACGACAAUGAUGAUGCUUGUAACGAGAAAACGUAAGAGAGCCUUGGUUCAUCAGUGUUAGAAAAACAUUGGAAAAGGCGGUACUAGUUCAGACACUUUGGAAGUCUGUGUUCUGUUUGUUAAAACUGGCACCUGACACAAAAAAAGUUGAAGGCCUUAUUCUGCAUUUCACCUACUUUGUAAGUGAGAGAGACAAGAAGCAAAAUUUUUUUAAAGAAAAAAUAAACACUGGAAGAAUUUAUUAGUGUUAAUUAUGUGAACAACAACAACAAAACAAAACAGGAAAAUCCCAUUAAGUGGAGUUGCUGUACGUACCGUUCCUAUCCCACGCCUCACUUGAUUUCUCUGUAUUGCUAUGCAAUAGGCACCCUUCCCAUUCUUACUCUUAGAGUUAACAGUGAGUUAUUUAUUGUGUGUUACUAUAUAAUGAACGUUUCAUUGCCCUUGGAAAAUAAAACAGGUGUAUAAAGUGGAGACCAAAUACUUUGCCAGAAACUCAUGGAUGGCUUAAGGAACUUGAACUCAAACGAGCCAGAAAAAAAGAGGCCAUAUUAAUGGGAUGAAAACCCAAGUGAGUUAUUAUAUGACCGAGAAAGUCUACAUUAAGAUAAAGACCCUGAAAACACAUGUUAUGUACCAGCUGCCUAAGGAAGCUUCUUGUAAGAUCCAAAACCUAAAAAGCCUGUUAAUAAAAGAAACUUUCAGUCAGAAUAAGUCUGUAAGAUUUUUUUUUUUUCUUUUUAAUUGUAAAUGGUUCUUUGUCAGUUUAGUAAACCAAUGAAAUGUUGAAAUGUUUUGACAUGUACUGGUCAAACUUCAGACCUUAAAAUAUUGCUGUAUAGCUAUGCUAUAGGUUUUUUUUUUUUCCUUUGUUUCGGUAUAUGUAACCAUACCUAUAUUAUUAAAAUAGAUGGAUACAGAGGCCAGCAUAAUUGAAAACACAUCUGCAGAUCUCUUUUGCAAACUAUUAAAUCAAAACAUUAACUACUUUAUGUGUAAUGUGUAAAUUUUUACCAUAUUUUUUAUAUUCUGUAAUAAUGUCAACUACGAUUUAGAUUGACUUAAAUUUCGGCUCUUUUUAAUGAUCACUCACAAAUGUAUGUUUCUUUUAGCUGGCCAGUACUUUUGAGUAAAGCCCCUGUAUUUUGACUUGCACUACAAAUGCAUUUUUUAUGAUAUUUGCCCUACUUGUGCUUUGUGUAUUGUUCAUUAUUAUGAAUAAGCUACCUGGGUCCACUUGUCCUUUUUUUCCUUUUACAAAAAAGAUGGGUUCGAGUUCAGUGGUCUUCCUUCAUCUUCUAAGCAUCAUUACUAACUAUGUCAGACGUUAACAAGCUUCUAUGUUAGGAAAAGGAGGAACGUUAUAGAUAAACGGAAAAUUGAGGUUGAAUGUUUUAGUUUUAGCAAGGAUUUAGGGAUCUAACUAAAACUCAGACUCUUGAUUAAGAAAGUUUUCUCUACCUUGGUGUAAUCAAUAUUUUUAUAAAAUUCUAUUGUUAUCACAAAGCAGACACUUCAUAGGAAACAUCUUUUUCUUUAGUCAGGUUUUUAAUAUUCAGGGGGAAAUUGAAAGAUAGACAUUUUAGUUGAUUUUUCAAAAGGGGAAAAAGUCCAGAUCAGCCUAAGUCAUUUUGUGUAUUUCACUGAAGUUAAGAUUUUCAUAAAUGUUCUGUCAAGGUGAAAAGGCACAAGCCAAUUUUUCCUAUGAUCAAAAAAUUCUUUCUUUCCUCUGAGUGAGAGUUAUCUAUAGCUGAGGCUAAUGUUUACCUUGCUUUAAUAAAUCAUUUGCCACAUCAUUGCAGAAGAGGUAUCCUCAUUUGGGGUUUAUAGAAUAUGUCAGUUUGUCACUUGUCACUUAUUUUGCUUUAAAAUAAAAAUUCAUAGGUAAAGCAAUGGAAUAUUUGCAGUUUCGCCUAAAGAGCAGCAUAAGGAGGUGAGAAUCCAAAGUGAAGUUGUUUGAUAUGGUCUACUUCUUUUUUGGAAUUUCCUGACCAUUAAUUAAAGUAAAGAUUGGAUUCGCAAGUUUGAAAACUGGAAAAGCAAGAGAUGGGAUGGCACAAUAGUAAGCAGCCCUUGUGUUGGAUGUAACCCAAUCCCAGAUUUGAGUGUGUGUUGAUUAUUUCUUUUUUGUCUUCCACUUUUCUAUUAAUUAUGUGUAAAUCACUUUUAUUUCUGCAGGUAUUUUCCUCUCAGAUAGGAUGACAUUUUGUUUUGUAUUAUUUUGUCUUUCCUCAUGAAUGCACUGAUAAUAUUUUAAAAGCUCUAUUUUAAGAUCUCUUGAAUCUUUUUUUUUUUUUUUAAUUUGGGGGGUUCUAUAAGGUCUUUAUUUCCCAUAAGUAAAUGUUGCUGCGGGAGGGGGGUGGAGGUGGGAAGGCAGGGGGGAAGUGGUAGUACGCAAGUGGGCAGCAAUUUUUUGUGUGUUAAUCAGCAAUACAAUUUGAUCGUUGGCAUGGUUUAAAAAAUGGAAUAUAAGAUUAGCUGUUUUGUAUUUUGAUGACCAAUUAUGCUGUAUUUUAACACGAUGUAUGUCUGUUUUUGUGGUGCUCUAGUGGUAAAUAAAUUAUUUCAAUGAUA